AUGGGCAAGAUACUCGUAUAUGGGUUGCAUAAGGUUUGAUCGCAGUGCGGCGUAUUUGAUUUCAUCUGGCAAAAGUUGGCCACUGCGACAAUGGGCCAAACUUCGUCAUAUAAAAGAGGCCUCAUUUCAGCUCUUAGUCAUUAGUCGAGUGUGGUCUGUCGCUCCAAUUACAGCUCAAACUUCUUCGCAAUGAAUUUGUUGCUUUCCAGCAUAUCCUUCUUUCUGAUCCUGAGCUCCUUGUUCGCUGUUCAGGCUGGAAUUAUUAACAGCCAUGUCGAUGAACUGAUUGCCAGUCCUGCCCAGUAUGAGUUCCAUUACUCUGUUCAUGAUAGUCACACUGGCGAUGUGAAGGAUCAAUUCGAGCACCGACGCGGCGAAUACGUAACAGGUCGCUAUUCCCUCAUCGAACCCGAUGGUCAUCGUCGGGUUGUGGACUACACCGCCGAUCCGCUGCUGGGUUUCAAUGCCCAGGUUCGUCGGGAACCGAUUUCUCGCUAUUAA